AUGGUGAGAACCGAAUGUGUGUUUUUCUGGAGGUCUGAAAAAGUCGGUCCAGCAUCUGACACGGGUUAUCUUAUUGACGCAGAUAUGAUUGACAUAAUAUGGGGUCUCUUUGGAACAGCAGUGGGUUUGUUAUAUGCAGGGAUGCAGGGUAUGGUGCCGUGUCUUCCUCCAGCACCUCUCUCCACCUCUGUCAUAAACACUGAUCAGUAUAUGGGUUCUUGGAAUUUUGUGGCAGCCACUGCGUGGGAUGAAGAUGGUAUAAAGUCCUUCAAGGACACUGACAGCUCUGUUCUUGACAUUCAGAAAGGUGCAAACUUCACCCUGAUAGUGACUGAACGUUGGCGCAGUGGAGAGGAGUGUCAGUCCAAAACCUGGAACUACUGGGCUCAUUCUAUGACAGAUCCAUUACUGUUUAGAGAAGAUUUCGAUGCCAUUGCGAUGAUCUGGGAUGGCAAGUGGGUAAACUGCCCCUCAUGUAUCGUUACAUUGAUGAUAGAUGACGACGACGAAGUCAGCGCUAUGUUAUUUUCUCGUGAUGAAAAGACACCAGAUAACGUGAUAGACGAAUUUAAGUCAAAAACGGAAUGUCUUCUCAUGGAAGAUUUUAUGAAGGCGCCCCUGACAAAAGGUUAUUGUAAACAAUAAAACUGCUCAAAACAAAGAGGUCACCAGCAGCCGCACAAAUCUUCACAGUCCUGGAUGUGACUUUUGCACUGCAGCGCUGUUACGGGUUCAAUAAAGAGUGUGUUAAAACCAAA